AUGGUUAAUAUUAAAGUAACUCAUAAAAAUACGGUUCGUCGUUUUGUUCUUCCUACUCACAACGCAACUUGGACUGACUUGGAAGCAAAACUUCGUGGUCUUUAUAAUAUCCCUACAUCAACUUUUUUUACUCUUUCUUAUGUUGAUGAGGACGAUGAUGUAAUUACUCUUUCAACUGAUACAGAAUUUCAAGAAGUUCUCUCUUCUCAAAUAUCAGCUCCAUACAUCAAAUUUGAUUUGAAAUUUUCAACUGGUGAUUCAAGCGAUGGUGAAGAUUCUAAUAACGAAGCUUGGGUGUUUGAAGGUAAUAUCACCAGCACUACUAAUCAAGAGGCGCAGUUUAUCAAAAUUGGUUCAGAAGAAAGUUCAAUAAUUAAACCCAUAUCCCUUUUUAAUGACGAAUUAACAUCAUCAACCAAAAAGACUUUCUUGGUUGAUGAGAAUGAAACAUUUGGUUCUUUAAAUUUCUCACCUACUCAAGAAGAAAACAAAGAAGACAAGGAUGAUAAGGAAGACAAGGAAGACAAGGAUGACAAGGAUGACAAGGAUGACAAAGAAGACAGGGGAAUCUUUGGUUCUUUAAAUUUCAUAUCUACCAUCAAUUUUCUUGGCAGAGAAAACGUAGAAAAAGAUGACGAAGAUGACGAAGAAAAAGAUGACAGAGAGGACAAAGGCAAACAUAAGGAAGUAAUUGGUGAAUCUUCUUCAAAUUAUGUUUCUUCUUCAAUGGAACUGAAUCAACCGUCACCGUUACAAGAUCAAGAUAAUCAAGUAACUGUAGCCGAACUUGCUGAACAAUUUCAAAAAAUGCUUGAUCAAUUUAAAAAACAAGUUGUAAAGGAUCAUAAACUUGCUGGAAAUAUGAUGGAUCAAUUUCUUCGUUCUUUAGUCGAAAAAUACAUACAAGAUAAUCAAUCACAGGAUAACCUACAAGAAGAAGAAUCGCAAGAUCAAGGCAAAAUUCAAGAUAAUAUUCAAUCUCGGGAAAUGGAUUUCUUUAACGAUCAUUCACCUUUGUUUAACAGUCGUCGUCAAUCUCAAGAUCAAAGCCAACAACGAGGACAUGAUCCUUUCUUUGACGAACACCCACCUUUGUUUAAUACUCACCAAGUCUCAACACCACUACUUCCUGGAUCUUUUCCAGUAGCACAAAAAUCUACUCCUUGUCCUUGGGCUGGUCAAGCACGUCCUGAAACAGAUUCACUUGAAAUGCGUCAAAACGUAAGAGGAAGCGGACAUCGAUCUCAAAGUAUUCCAAGACAUCGUCGUCGUGGAGGUGCCCGUCAUCGUCGUCAUCAUCGCGAUCAUGAAGAACACAGAGAAGGAAGACGAGAAGGAAGACGAGAAGAAGCUCGCGAAGAAGUACGAGAAGAAACUCGAGAAGAGGCAGAUAUAUUUUCCUUAGCUAUGGAACCUAUAGAACAAAUUGUAUCUACAGAACCUACAGAACCUGAUGUAACGAGUCCUUAUUACGAGGAAAUUAAAACUCUCAAUGAUAUGGGAUUCUGGCGAGAUGAGGAUCAAUAUCUUGAAUUGUUAACCUUAUAUACAGGAAAUCUUGAUCGAGUCAUUGAAGUUUUAUUAGAACGUCAAGAACAGUAG